AUGGCGCGGAGUGGAACACGUGGCAACGCCUGGUUGGCGGGACGGCGUGGUGUGGUCUUAGCGGCAGUACUGGCGGCAGCAGUUCUGUUCGACCUUACUGAUGCUCAAGACCCCAACUGGCGGCAACUCUACCCCUACAUUCGAGACGCCGCCACCUUCACUCCCCCGCCCACCUCCACCUUCGCCGCCUCCUCCGCCCCCUCCGCGCCCAGCCCCACGUUCGACUACAUAGUGGUGGGAGGCGGUGCAGUGGGGUGCCCCCUGGCCGCCACACUCUCUAAAGGCUUCUCCGUGCUGCUUCUGGAAAGAGGCGGCGUGCCCUACGACCAGCCUUCAGUAUACCGCAGGGAGGCCUUUCCCUACGUGCUCAGCACGAGGGCGUCAGUGCCCUUCCGGUCGGAGGAUGGGGUGUGGAACCGGAGGGGGAUUGUGCUGGGUGGCGGUAGCUCUGUCAACGCUGGCUUCUACAGCCGAGCAUCUGCUGAUUUCGUGCAGGCGGCAGGGUGGGACCCUGUGAGGGUGCGGCAGUCAUUCGAGUGGGUGGAGGAAAGAAUCGCGUUUGUGCCGCAGCAGGCACCGGGGGGGUGGCAGCAGGCGUUCAGGGAUGGGAUGCUGGAGGCGGGGCUGGGGCCGUGGAGGGGACAAACGCCCGAGCACAUGAUUGGCACCAAGCUUGCCAACAGCAUAUUCGACAGCAACGGCACGCGCAGGACAGCAGCAGAUCUGCUCAAAGCGGGAGACCCGGCGCGGCUGAAGGUGCUCAUAUACGCCACGGUGCAACGCAUCCUGCUGGAUGUUACCAGUGGGGUCACCACAGCCAUCGUCCCUUCCCACUUCCUCAACCCCCCUCACCUCCCUUCCCUGACAGGCACCCCACGAGCAGCAGGAGUGGUGUUCACACCGCCGCCACGUCGCCUGGCUGAACCCGGGAGGGGAAGUGCUGCUAGCAGCAGGCGCACUGGGGUCCCCGCAGCUGCUGCUGCUGAGCGGGCUGGGGCCAACGGAGAAGCUGGACUGGAGGCUGAAGGGAAUAGUAUUCUAGUUUUGAGACCAGGCGUGGUGUUCACAGACAGCACCAACCGCCGCCACAUCGCUCGCCUGAACCCCGGAGGGGAGGUGCUGCUAGCAGCGGGCGCACUGGGGUCGCCACAGCUGCUGCUGCUGAGCGGGUUGGGACCCAGAGAGAAGCUGGAUCCGCUGGGGGUGCCGGUGGUGGCGGAGGUGCCGGGGGUGGGCGUGAACGUGACUGACGUUCCUAUCAAUGGCAUCAACGUGCUGUCUCCCAGGCCUGUUGAGGAGUCGUCCUUGCAGUUUGUGGCAGUAACCCCAGAGGGCAACAUCAUUGAAGGCGCGUCUGGGUCGAACCACACAAUGAGCUGGGCAGGAGCAGGCGAGCUCAACACGGCUCCCCCCAUCAACCGCACGGGGCAGACGGAGGCGAUGAUUGAAGCCAUGCUGCCAUUCAUUCCCGCCGUUAUAAGCGACAUUCUGAACCAAGCAGGGUUUAUUCUGCACAAGGUCUACCUGCCUGCCUCACGAGGGUCCCUCUCACUCGCAUCCCUCAAUGCUUCAGACAACCCCAUCGUGCGAUACAACUACUUCUCCACCCCCCAGGACGUGGCCACGUGUGUGAGGGGAGCGCAGCUGCUCACCAAGAUAGUCACCUCCAAUGCCAUGGCGCCCUUCCGCUACGACACCCCACCCGUCGCUCUCUUUCUCCUUGACCCUGGAGCUGCACUCGUCACUCCAGGAAAUUACCUGGGAGCUUCCCCUGCUCUCCCAGACGUCUCCAACUUCACUACGACCGCUCAGUGGUGUAAGGACACGGUGACAGUCAUCUGGCAUUUUCACGGGGGCUGUCACAGGGGCGUGUGUGUGGACAGUAGCUACCGCGUGCACGGCGUGCAGGCGCUGCGGGUGGUGGAUGGAUCAACGUUUCUCACUUCUCCUGGAACCAACCCCAUGGCCACAUGCCUCAUGCUCGGGAGGUUUAUUGGCCUGAACCUUCUAGAAGAAAGAGGCUUCAACAUUUCAGCAGCAUGA